AUGACAUUUACGCCUUCUGACGGGAUUCUAGCCUAUCGCCCUAAGAUUGCGACCCCAAGCGAAGAUGACGAAGACGAUGUCAUGGUCAUUGGAAUCGACUUUGGCACAACUUAUUCUGGCGUCGCAUGGGCAACGGUCGCAGAUUUCGCUAGCGAUCAAAUCAAUCUCAUCACCAGUUGGCCGGGGACCGGCAGAGAAGAGGGCAAAGCGCCAACUGAGUUAUUUUACGAAGACGACCAGAUUUUCUGGGGCUAUGAGAUUCCUGAUGAUGCAGAUCCAGUCCGCUGGUUCAAGCUCCUUCUUGUCAAAGACGAGGACCUGAGUGAAGAGACUCGUUCGUCCGAGUUCCUUCUUCGUGGACGCAAGAUGCUCAAGGAGACUGGCAAGACUGCAGUUGGCUUGAUCGCCGAUUAUCUCCGCCUCUUGUGGGCGCAUAUCUUGGAGUCGGUGAAGAAGUCUCGUGGUGAGUAUGUCAUUGAUGCGUUGCGGUUCCAUGUCGUAAUUACAGUGCCUGCCAUCUGGAAGGGUUAUGCAAGACAGGGAAUGGAGGAAGCUGCUCGACAAGCUGGAAUCUUGAGCAGUCGGCCCGCUGGGGAGACUAUGCUUAGCUUUGUUCCCGAGCCGGAGGCUGCAGCAUUAUCUACGCUUUGUGAGCCUGGUCGUAGGACUCAGCCAGGUGAUGUCUAUGUUAUCUGCGAUGCGGGUGGUGGCACCGUUGACUUGAUCAGUUACGAGAUAGCCUCGGUCAGUCCCAUCGCAAUGCACGAAGCCGUCGAAGGAACUGGUGGUCUGUGUGGUGGUAUCUUUAUCGAUGAAGCCUUCGAACACGCAUGCAAAUCACGACUCGGACGUCGCUGGGAUCAUCUCAGCAAGGCUGGUAUUAAAGAGAUCCUCAAGGGAGAAUGGGAACACGCCAUUAAGCCACAGUUUAAACCACAAAGCUCCAAAAAGGAGUAUAUUGUGAGUAUACCAGCAGAAGCAUUUGGGAAAAACAGCUUGGACGACAUGAGUCGUGAGCCGUUCAUCAAGAAGGGACGAAUCCAUUUCUCAGGCUCCCAUAUUCAAGAUGCAUUUACUGAGUCUUUUGCUGGAAUCGACAAACUCGUCGACGGCCAAGUCUACAAAGCAAGGAGCCAAGGCCUCGACGUCAAGGGUAUCAUCCUCGUUGGCGGUCUCGGCGCCAGCCCGUACCUCUAUGAACAUCUCAAAGAGCGGCACUCUAGUGCGGGAAUCAUAAUCCUACAGUCUGGUGGGAUGCGCCCUCGGACUGCAAUCUGUCAAGGCGCAGUAUACAAAGGAUUCCUCGAUGGCGGCAGCGACAACAGCGGCACUCAGCAGAACGGCUAUGGGGUGGCCGCGCCUAUUAGUGUGACAUCUUCCAUUUCCAGGACCAGCAUCGGCAUCGUUUACCACGCCCCGUUCGACCCGGCCAAGCACCUCGACGAAGAUAAAGCAUGGUAUCCGGACGAAGGCGAGUGGCGUGCAAACAACCAGUUGAACUGGUACCUGAGACGGGGUGAUAACGUCUCAACAACCGACCCAGUCCGAUACAAUUUCUACCGGCUCUAUCGCAAAGACCCAGGUCCUCAAUUCAGCGUGGAAUUGUACGAAUGCGAGGAUCACGACCCGCCCACGCGACUGGAAAAGAGCGUGGCCUGUCUUCUAUGGAAUCCUAUUUACUCUCACUCUGGGGGAUACCCCUCGAGAACCUUGGUCCGCGCCACGUUUACUAUCAAUUCCCCCUCUUUUGAGGCAUAUGCUGUUCCAGCUGAAGCAUAA